AUGUUCAUCUUCGCGGAUUCCAGGACUGUUCUGCUACUUGCAGCAGCUCAAGUCAUUUUAAUAGCCUUUGUCAAUUGUCAGGAAGCGAAUAACCAAAUUGGUUAUGCUGGACAGAAAGGAGAACCAGGUGCCAUCACAGAUGUGGUAGGACCGCAUGGACCAGCAGGCCCCAUGGGCCCUCCUGGGGAACAGGGAGCCCGCGGACCAAGGGGUGACAGGGGAGAGAAGGGAACUCCUGGCCCCCGAGGCAGAGAUGGAGAACCUGGUACCCCAGGAAACCCCGGCCCCCCUGGACCCCCCGGCCCCCCCCGGACCAAAGCACCCCCAGGACUCGGUGGAAACUUUGCUGCUCAGAUGGCCGGUGGAUUUGAUGAGAAGGCAGGAUCUGCUGGGAUGGGCGUGAUGCAGGGACCCAUGGGUCCCAUGGGCCCACGUGGUCCCCCUGGUCCGACUGGAGCUCCUGGUCCACAAGGUUUCCAAGGCAACCCCGGAGAGGCUGGAGAACCCGGUCCAGCUGGCCCCAUUGGUCCCCGUGGCCCCCCUGGACCCUCUGGCAAACCUGGAAAUGAUGGUGAAGCUGGCAAACCUGGCAAAGCAGGGGAGAGGGGCCCAGCAGGGCCUCAGGGAGCUCGAGGCUUCCCCGGAACACCUGGCCUUCCUGGGAUCAAAGGCCACAGAGGUUACCCGGGUGUGGACGGUGCAAAGGGAGAGAGUGGAGCUGCAGGCGCUAAGGGUGAGGCAGGUGCACCAGGUGAGAACGGUGCUCCGGGACCCAUGGGCCCGCGUGGGCUGCCCGGAGAGAGAGGCCGACCGGGACCCGCUGGAGCUGCUGGUGCUCGUGGAAAUGAUGGUUUGCCUGGCCCUGCUGGUCCGCCUGGUCCUGUUGGUCCUGCAGGAGCGCCUGGAUUCCCUGGGGCUCCUGGUGCAAAGGGUGAAGCAGGUCCCACCGGCGUGCGAGGAGCAGAAGGAGCACAGGGGCCCCGGGGAGAGGCAGGCACACCGGGAUCUCCCGGCCCCGCUGGUGCUGCUGGAAACCCCGGCACUGAUGGCAUCCCUGGAGCCAAAGGAGCCACCGGUGCUCCUGGUAUUGCAGGUGCUCCUGGUUUCCCUGGUCCAAGAGGACCCCCUGGACCUCAGGGAGCUACAGGCCCCCUUGGACCCAAGGGUCUGCAGGGAGACCCUGGUAUCCCAGGAUUCAAGGGCGAGGCUGGACCCAAAGGAGAGCAUGGACCUGCAGGGCCCCAGGGAGCCCCAGGUGCAGCGGGAGAGGAGGGAAAGAGGGGCGCGAGGGGUGAGCCAGGCGCCGCGGGGCCCAUCGGACCCCCCGGGGAAAGGGGUGCUCCUGGUAACCGUGGUUUCCCAGGUCAAGAUGGACUGGCUGGUACCAAGGGCGCCCCAGGUGAGCGUGGGCCUACAGGUGUUGGAGGACCCAAAGGUGCGAACGGAGACCCGGGACGCACAGGAGAGCCGGGGCUUCCAGGAGCCAGGGGUCUUACUGGUCGCCCUGGUGAUGCUGGUCCUCAAGGCAAAGUUGGCCCUACUGGUGCUGCUGGUACAGACGGUCGCCCUGGGCCGCCUGGACCCCUGGGAGCCCGUGGACAGCCUGGCGUGAUGGGCUUCCCAGGACCCAAAGGAGCCACCGGGGAGCCUGGCAAAGCUGGAGAGAAGGGGCUGGUGGGAGCUCCAGGUGUGAGGGGUUUGCCUGGAAAGGAUGGAGAAACUGGACCUGCUGGCCCUCCUGGCCCUACUGGACUCGCUGGAGAGAGAGGAGAGCAGGGUCAGCCGGGCCCGUCCGGGUUCCAGGGUCUGCCCGGACCUGCUGGGCCCGCAGGUGAGGCAGGAAAACCCGGAGAUCAGGGUGUCCCUGGAGAGGCUGGUGCGGCAGGUGCAACAGGAGCCAGAGGUGAGCGAGGCUUCCCAGGAGAGAGGGGCGGAGCCGGGCCCCAGGGCUUGCAGGGGCCUCGGGGUUUGCCUGGGACUCCAGGAACUGAUGGGCCCAAGGGGGCCAUUGGUUCUGCAGGGAGUCCUGGAGCUCAGGGCCCCCCUGGCCUGCAGGGAAUGCCCGGGGAGAGAGGUGCCUCUGGCAUCUCAGGACCUAAGGGUGACCGAGGUGACAACGGAGAGCAGGGACCUGAAGGAGCUCCUGGCAAAGAUGGUGCGAGAGGGCUGACAGGGCCCAUUGGCCCCCCGGGUCCAGCUGGUCCUAAUGGACUGAAGGGUGAAGCUGGUCCGGCAGGUCUCUCAGGUGCUACUGGUGCUCGUGGUGCUCCUGGUGACCGUGGGGAGCUGGGACCCCCCGGGCCCGCAGGCUUUGCUGGUCCCCCUGGUGCUGACGGACAGCCUGGGGUGAAAGGAGAGCAGGGAGAGGGGGGGCAGAAGGGUGAAGCAGGUGCCUCUGGCCCCCAGGGCCCCUCAGGAGCUCCCGGGCCACAGGGCCCGACUGGCGUUCCUGGACCCAAAGGUGCUCGCGGUGCCCUGGGCGCGCCUGGUGUCACCGGAUUCCCUGGUGCUGCAGGCAGAGUUGGACCUCCAGGCCCCAAUGGUAACCCCGGUGCUGCUGGCCCUGCUGGCCCCGCAGGUAAAGAUGGGCCUAAGGGUGUCCGCGGUGACCAGGGUCUUCCAGGCAGGCAGGGAGACGCUGGGCUGCGAGGGGCUUCUGGACCACCUGGAGAGAAGGGAGAGUCCGGCAAGGACGGUGCACCUGGUGCUGAAGGCCCCUCAGGUCCUCAGGGUUUGGCUGGACAGCGUGGUAUUGUGGGAUUGCCUGGACAGCGUGGUGAGAGGGGUUUCCCUGGCCUUCCUGGACCCUCUGGUGAACCUGGUAAGCAAGGUGCUCUUGGUGCAGGCGGGGACCGGGGCGCCCCAGGCCCUGUGGGACCCCCGGGUUUAACUGGACCUGCCGGGGAGCCUGGGAGAGAGGGCAAUGCUGGUGCUGAUGGGCCUCCUGGAAGGGAUGGAGCUGCUGGAAUCAAGGGUGACCGCGGUAACACAGGUCCCAUCGGUGCCCCUGGCGCUCCUGGGCCUGCCGGCGCCCCCGGUCCGGCUGGGCCCACAGGCAAACAGGGAGACAGAGGCGAGGCUGGUCCUCAAGGACCAGCUGGACCCCCUGGACCCGCAGGAGCUAGAGGAAUGGCUGGGCCCCUAGGGCCACGCGGAGACAAAGGUGAAGCGGGCGAGGUGGGCGAGAGGGGUGUGAAGGGCCACAGGGGCUUCACUGGCCUGCAGGGUUUGCCCGGACCUCCUGGUCCUGCUGGUGACCUGGGUGCUUCUGGACCUGCUGGCCCCAGUGGAGCAAAGGGACCCCCUGGACCCCUUGGUCCUGCAGGGAAAGAUGGAGCAAAUGGCCUUCCUGGGCCCCUCGGACCCCCAGGGCCACGCGGCCGCUCUGGAGAAAAUGGACCUGCUGGUCCUCCUGGUAGCCCUGGUCCCCCUGGUCCUCCUGGGCCUCCAGGCCCAGGCAUCGACAUAUCGGCCUUCGCAGGCCUGUCUCAGCCCGAAAAGGCCCCUGACCCCCUCCGCUACAUGAGGGCAGACGAGGCCUCUGACUCCCUCCGGCAGCACGAUGCCGAGGUGGACACCACCCUCAAGUCCAUCAGCAGCCAGAUCGAGAACAUCCUCAACCCUGAGGGCUCCCAGAAGAACCCAGCACGCACCUGCAGGGACCUCAAACUGAGCCACCCCGAGUGGACGAGCGGUGACUACUGGGUUGAUCCUAACCAGGGCUGCACAGUUGAUGCCAUCAAGGUGUUCUGUAACAUGGAGACGGGAGAGACCUGUGUCUAUCCCAAACCCUCCCACAUCCCGCGCAAGAACUGGUGGACCAGCAAGAGCAAAGAGCGCAAGCACAUCUGGUUUGGAGAGAGCAUGAAUGGAGGAUUCCAUUUCAGCUAUGGCGAUGACAGCCUGGCUCCCAACACGGCCGGCGUUCAGCUGGCCUUCCUGCGGCUGCUGUCCACCGAGGCGUCGCAGAACCUCACCUACCACUGCCGCAACAGCGUGGCCUACAUGGACCAGGCCAGCGGCAACCUGAAGAGGGCGCUGCUGCUGCAGGGAUCCAACGAUGUGCAGAUUCGCGCCGAGGGAAACAGCCGCUUCACCUACAGCGUGCUGGAGGAUGGCUGCACGAGACACACAGGCCAGUGGGGAAAGACAGUGAUGGAGUACAGGAGCCAGAAGACGUCCCGGCUGCCCAUCAUGGACAUCGCGCCUUUGGACGUGGGUGGGGAGGAGCAGGAGUUUGGCAUCGACAUCGGUCCCGUCUGCUUCCAGUAGUGAUGAGCAGUGGGAAGAGAAGAAGGAAGCUCCGUUCUGAAGCCAGCUUCACACUUCGGACAAAUUGGAAAAGAAAUUCAAGAUACUUUAUGAAAGGAAUCAUUUCUAUGCAAUACUCCACGGAUAUCGUCCCUGAGUGACACCAACAGUGCCCACACACAAGUGUGUGAAAUGUUCAACGAUUAAAGAAACACAACCAAGUGUAAUUUAUUUAUUGUCAAACAACCUGGGUCAAAGGUAUGAGAGUCCUGAGUGUGUGAAGAUGGAGAGAAAGAACCCCCCCCAUCACACACACACUGAUGAAGAUCAG